GAGCCAACCCCCUACAGAGGAAUGAAAUGGGACACACACCCUUGGAUUAUGCCAGAGAAGGGGAAGUGAUGAAGCUUCUAAGGACUUCUGAGGUCAAGUUCCAGGAGAAGCAGCGGAAGCGUGAGGCAGAGGAGCGGCGCCGCUUUCCACUGGAGCAGCGGCUGAAGGAACACAUCAUUGGCCAGGAGAGCGCCAUCGCCACAGUGGGUGCAGCGAUCCGGAGGAAGGAGAAUGGCUGGUACGAUGAAGAACACCCUCUGGUCUUCCUCUUCUUGGGAUCAUCUGGAAUAGGAAAAACAGAAUUGGCCAAACAGACAGCCAAGUAUAUGCACAAAGAUGCCAAAAAGGGCUUCAUCAGGCUCGACAUGUCUGAGUUCCAGGAGCGUCAUGAGGUGGCCAAGUUUAUCGGGUCCCCACCAGGUUAUAUUGGCCAUGAGGAAGGUGGCCAGCUGACCAAGAAGCUGAAGCAGUGUCCCAACGCUGUGGUGCUCUUUGAUGAGGUGGACAAGGCUCAUCCAGAUGUGCUUACUAUCAUGCUGCAGUUGUUUGAUGAGGGCCGGCUGACAGAUGGAAAAGGGAAGACCAUCGACUGCAAGGAUGCCAUCUUCAUCAUGACCUCCAAUGUGGCCAGUGAUGAGAUCGCACAGCAUGCACUGCAGCUGAGGCAAGAAGCUUUGGAGAUGAACCAUAACCGUAUCGCUGAGAACCUUGGUGAUGUCCAGAUUAGUGACAAGAUCACCAUCUCAAAGAACUUCAGGGAGAAUGUGAUCCGCCCCAUCCUGAAAGCUCACUUCCGGAGGGAUGAGUUUCUGGGGCGAAUCAAUGAGAUCGUCUACUUCCUCCCCUUCUGCCACUCGGAGCUUAUCCAGCUAGUCAACAAGGAACUGAACUUCUGGGCCAAGAGAGCCAAGCAAAGGCACAACAUCACACUGCUCUGGGACCGCGAAGUGGCAGACGUGUUGGUUGACGGCUACAAUGUGCACUAUGGUGCCCGCUCCAUCAAGCAUGAGGUCGAGCGCCGUGUGGUUAACCAGCUAGCGGCUGCCUACGAGCAGGACCUACUGCCAGGGGGCUGUACUCUGCGCAUCACUGUGGAGGACUCAGACAAACAGCUACUCAAGAGCCCUGAGGUGCCCUCACCCCAGGCUGAGAAGCGUCCACCCAAGCUGCGACUGGAGAUCAUUGAUAAGGACAGCAAAACCCACAGACUGGACAUCCGGGCACCACUACACCCUGAGAAGGUGUGCCACACCCUCUAGCAUCUACCUACCUGCUAUACGUGCCCUCAACGUCAAAUAAAGGCCCCUCGGCUGUGGCAUGGCAACUGACCUGCCUUCCCCUCCUACCUCUCGCUCCUUUCCACCCAGCCUAAGGCCACUUACCUCCUUACAGCUCCUGCAAGACCCCUCCCCAGCCCCAAAGUCCAAAGCAGGAAUUUUGCCCUUCCCUGGCCUUUCCAUUGUGGGCCCAAAACUUGCUAAAAAGUCUCCAGGAGAGGGAGGUCUCUUAUCAUUGUCUUUCAGAGUGAUCCCCAUGCCCCAUAGUCUCUGGAACUUUAUCAUGUUGCCUGGAAGCUCAGAAGUAUGGCAACUAAGAACAGAUCUGGCCAGAAGAAGACAGGGACAGACUGUGACCUGCCCUCAUGUAACUGAGACCUCGAAUGUCUCCACAGAAAGUAAAGAAAGUGCAUAGGCCCAGGCACAGAGGUUUAGCAGUUUAGGCUGUAGCUACUUCUUUCCCAUGCCCUAAAAUCUCAAGAAGAAGGGACCUAUACAACUCUUCCCCCAUCCUCUGCCAUAUCAUAGCUACUGUUCCUCCGCAUGUUCUGGGGUCAGGCCAGACCAGGUUUCUCCGGCCUUGGAACUGGGCCAACAUGGGAGGAAGGCUGACUGGGUCACUACCCUCGCCUACUCCAGUACUGGACAAUAGUACCAAAUGACCAAGCAAGCUCAGCUCUUUGGGGCCUCCUUCAGGAGACUAAUGCUAUAUAUAUUGGGGAAUUAUAGGGGGAGAGAUAGAGGUCAUGGGGUCAGGCUCUGCCUAGAUGGCCAUGGACCCUGCCUCAGCCCUGUCUAUACUGCUGUCACAGCUAAGUUAGCCUGGAAUAAACAGCUCCCCCAUGCUGUCUCCAUGUUAGUUACUAAGCAGAAGGUCUAGACGUACACCAUCCCCCAAAGACAUUCACAGAUCAGCCAUGUUUUAACCUCAGCUUAGGAGGGCACAGCAAGGCUCAGUGCAUCCUUGGGCAUCAUCUGCAGUAGCCCCCAUUGAUGAUCACCUCAUCAUUCUCCCUCUGCAGGGCCAUUUUGGAACCCUCCUUUGGUGUCAGCUCCUCUCUUUGAGGAAGCAGAAAAUGGGGGCAGGAAUCCAAGUCCCUUGGGUGAUAGGAGAAAGUCAUAACAAUAUGGUGGGUAUAAGGCCAGGGGCCUGGGCUCCAGCAAUCACCAUCCAGCUCUCAAAUUGCUGUGUCUGCUGCUCCCUGCCUCAGUGACUGCUCUUGUUUUUUUUCUCAUCUUGUCUUGAGGUAAUUUUAGACUUAAAGAAAGUUGCAAAAAUAGUGGAGUUCCUAUAUACCCAUUCACCUAGCUUCUAUAUUAACAUCUUAUAAAACCAUAAUUAUUCAAAUCAUGAAAUUAACAUUGGUACAGUCCUACUGACUAAUAGGUAGACAUUCAAAUUGUGCCACUUGUCCCACUGAUGUUCUUUCUCUGGUCUGGGAUCCAACCUAGGGUCCCACAUUGCAUUUGUUGUCUUGUUUCCUUCAUCUCCUUCAGCCUCUGACAGUUCGUUCCUCUGUCUUUCUUUGCCUUUCAUGACCUUAACACUCCCAAAAUGUCCAACUGGUUAUUUUUUGCAUUGUCCCUCAAUCGGGUUUCUCUGUGUUUUCACAGGAUUAGAUUGAGGGUACCCCAGAAGUGAUGUUGUGCCCUUCUCAGGGCCUCAUAGCAGGGGAUCAGGUUAACUUUGAUCACAUGGAUGAGGUACUGCGUGCCAGGUUUCUCUGCUAUCAACUUAAAAAUUUCUCCUUUGAAAUUAAUAAGAAUCUUGUGAGAAGAUACUUUGAAGCUGUGCAGAUGGGUUUUUUUUACCCUUAGAAUUUUGCCCAUUGAUUUUAGCAUUCAUCAAUAGUUCUUGCUUAAGCAAGUAUUAAUGUUCUUUUUGCCGAAUGAUGACUUUGUUUCCUUAUUCCAUUUAUAUUUAUUAAUUGGUAUUCUGUAAGGAAGAGCUGUCUCUUUUCCUCCAUUUAUUUAUUCAAUAAUUUAUAUGAAUAUAAACUAAUGGAUAUUUGUUUUCUUCUAUGGGUUAUAAUCUAAUACUACUAGUAGUUUAUUUUGUUGUUCUUUUUGGCCUAGAUUUGGCCAUUCGGAACUCUCAAAUUGGCUCCUUUUUUGUUUCACCAUUGCCCCCCAUCAUUUUUUUAACACUGCCUUACUUUCUGGCACCACAAGAUGUUCCAAGCUCACUUAUGUUUUUCCUGUCCCAGCCCUGACAUCAGCCAUUUGUCCAAACAGCGUGUGGUUCCUUUUAUUCGAGAAUAGUACUUAGAAAACAAGAUCUGAGCACUAGGGUGUCCAUUGCUACUGGACUGUCAUUGCUUCUAGGCCCUUUCAGCACACAGAGCUAGGAAAUAUAUGUAUAUAUGUUAACACACACACAUCUGAAUUUAUUAUUGUGUCUCUCCAUCUAUAUGUUAUUAAAAACCUUGAGUUCAUAUCGAUACCUACAGUUCUAAUCUAAUACCACUGGGUUUGUGACUACCACUAUCAUGACUUUACUAUUCUGUUUUUUCUCUCCUUCUAUCUCUGUUUCUUCUCCUUUGACUCUGGUGUUCAGAUUUCUCUUAGAGGCUCUAAUUAAGUCAGUCAGUAACCAUCCCAUAUGGAACAUGCCUAUUGGAUAAAGUUUUCCUGGCUGCCAAUACCUUGGUUCAAUUAAAUGUGGCCAAAAGCAUCAGGCAUAUAACUCAAAACCAGAUAACUUUUAUACAAGAAAAGGAGGGUAUGAACAGAGCAGACCCUAAGAUUCUAAGGAACUUAAGUAUCACUUCUUGUAGGGAUCCUUAGCUAGACCUCCUAGAUGAUGUUAAACCCCUAUCAUAUCUCCUUAGCAUCCUAGGCAAUACUCAGCUCAAUUGUAUUACUUGUUAUAUGUCUUACUUUGUCACUAGACUGUAAGCUCCAAGAGGGUACAUACCCAAUUGUUCAGCUCACUAUCUUAUUCAUAGAACCUGGCACAGUGCAAGCACAUGAUGGAUGCUCCAGGUAUUUGGAUGAAUGCUGGGCUCUGCAGCAAGCACAGGUCUUCACAAUAGGUCCCAGGACAAAGCAGUACUAUUUGUUUGCUGAGCACAUAUUUAUUUGUCACAUGGUUGUAACUAGGCUGUAGAACUUGAGCAAAUGGGGCAAAGUAAGACCUAGAUACUUUGUUAAGUAUCCUGGGAUAUAUAAGACUGGACUUAGAAAUGCAAAUGUAUUAUUGUUCAAAAAGAAAAACUCAAAGAUGCAUAGUGAUUAUUUUAGAAACUUUAAAAAAACAUUUAAAUCAUAAGAAAAUAGGAAGUGGACUAAUAAAGAUAAAACCUGAAGUUAAAGUAGGAAACCAAAAAAAAGGGGAAGGAGAAUGUAUAAAAAAAUUAUUCUUUGAAAACACCAAUAAAAUAGAUAAAAUCUUCUCAGCCUGAUAAAGAGAAAAAGGGCAAAAAAAUAAAACCAUAUUAGGAAUAAGAAAUCAGACAUACCAUAUAUAUAUGGAAGAAUUUAAAAUAAAUAAAUUUGAAAACAGCAAAUAGAUUAUUUCCUAGCAAACACUUACCCAAGAUAUAAUUUGAAUAGAAAAAUAAAUUACCAAAGAAGAAAUUGGAAAGGUGAUUAAAAAUUUAUUCUUUUGUAAGAUUGUGUUCUUUUAUUUAAAUUUUUUAUUGAUCUAUGUAUGGAAAAGUACACAAAUCACAUGUACACAGUUCAAUGAAUUAUCACAAAGUGAACACCACUAUAGCUAUCACUCAGCCCAAAAAAUAAAUGAGUUGUAAUUUUUAAUUAUAUAAACUGCUUCAGACCAUGAGGAGAUGCUCCACUGAUUUUGAAGGCCAGUGUAAGAUUAAUACUCAAACCUGAUAAAGUACCAAAAAGAAUGCCAUACCCUAACCUCACCUAUGACUAUAGAUGCAAAAACUCCAAAUAAAUAAAGUUGAAUUGUACAAUGUGAUCACAUAAGAUUUAUUUCAGCAAUACAAGCCUUAGUGUCAGGAAAUUAAUAUAAUCCACUAUGUCAAGAAUUUGAAGAUUAUUUAAAUGUUUCUGGAUUAUUAUUCAUGUUAAUUUUCUUAUUUUGCUAAUUCUUAUGUAAGAAUGUUCUCGUUUUUCAGAAAUAUACAUUGACGUAUUUAGAAGUUAAAGGUAAAGACAAUUUCUCGUUUUUCAGAAAUAUACAUUGACGUAUUUAGAAGUUAAAGGUAAAGAUAAUUUGCAAAUGUCUCAGGAAACUAAGUUUAUAUAUAUACACAUACGUAUAUGUAUGCAUUCACAUACAUAUAUACACACAGAAUGGUAAAAGUAAAAUAGUAACAUUUGGGAAAUCUCAGGAAAGGGUGUACAAUAACUCUUUGUAUUGUUUUUGCAACUUUUCUGCAAGUAAAUUUAUUUCAAAAUAAA